UAACCUCAGCUAAUGAGCUAAGCUACGGCCACCUUCCUAGAGCACGCUGCGAGGGCUGCUCUGGAGGCUGGCCCGUGCCACCAAUGCUGCUCUACUUCUACCUUGGCUGGUUAUUUUGUACUAACUACGCACUAUGCACUAUGCCGCAACCCAGCAGCCGCCUGUCGUCUGCCAGCAUUUGCAGGAUCCCCGUUGAGAUGAAGAGCAGCAUCUCACCUGCCGUGGAAUGUGUUGAUCGUGCUUGGAUCAAAGUUUCACCAAUCUCACUCCCAGAGUAUCCCCUCGUCUGGGCGCUCAGUCAAAUAUGUCCAUCGCCUAAACGCCCGUUUCAGACACAGCCGAUCCCAACGUCACGGCACAGCGGCGUCAAUGACCCAAUCCGGGGAAAGUUGGAGCAGAUCUCAUUUUCAUGCCCCCGACAAAUUUGACGGAAAGAGGAAACCCUUCUUUUUCGGCUCAUGUUUGCCGGGCUAUUCAUCUUUUUCUGACAUGUGGAAAUGCUCGAUCAUCGUCGUUCAAUGCUACUCUUUAUCCUGGCGAACUUUCCAGAAAAUUGGAGGCUUAGGCAGGAUAAU